AUGUACAGAGCCGAACCAUGUCUACCCUUCUUCUCUUCCAUCGUUAAAAAUGUUGCGAGCCCGAAUGUCGAAAUCAAGAAGCUCGUCUACAUAUAUCUGUUGCAGUACGCCGAGGAGGAACCUGACCUCGCGCUUCUCUCUAUCAAUGCAAUUCAAAAAUCCCUGACGGAUCAGAACCCUCAAGUACGUGCGCUGGCUCUACGAACAAUGUCAGGCAUUAGAGUCCCAGUGAUAAGCCAGAUCGUUUCUCUGGCGAUUAAACGUGGAUGCGGCGAUAUGAGCCCGCACGUCCGAAAAGCUGCAGCACUAGCCAUUCCGAAAUGUUACCGCUUGGACCCUAGCACACUACCCCAACUUACUGAUUAUCUUUCGAUAUUGCUGGGCGAUAGCCAAUAUUUUGUGGUUGGACCAGCUGUGGCUGCGUUCAUGGAGGUCUGCCCGGAGCGGAUAGAUAUGAUACAUAAGUAUUAUCGCAGCAUUGUGAGGAAAUUAGUCGACAUGGACGAAUGGGGACAACUUGCGACCUUACGACUUAUGACGGUAUAUGCAAGAAAGUGCUUCCCACGGAGGACGGAAAAGGUCAAGAAGUCUACUCUAAAGGGGUUCUAUGAUAACGAAAAUGAUACAGAGGCUGAGGCAGGGGAGGUCGGAGAAGAAGAAAUCCAAGUUGUGGAUCCAGACCUUGAUCUUUUUCUAAAAUCAUGCAAGCCGCUACUCCAAAGUCGGAAUUCUGCGGUCAUCAUCGAUGUAGUGCGCUGUUUCCGAUAUUUAGGAACAAUCGAGCAGUUGGAAUCUACUGUGGGACCAUUAGUCGCAUUACUUCGCUGCCCCCCGGAUAUCGAAUAUAUUGCUUUAUACAACAUUAUUGCCGUCGCAUUGCUUAUUCCCAAAGCGUUUACUAAAUACGUCUCUCAUUUCUUAAUUCGAUCAACGGAUCAGCCCCAGAUAUGGAUACUGAAGUUGGAAAUUCUCACUAUACUUUUUCCUCAAUGCGGAAUGCAUGUGAAAGGGAUUAUUCUCAGCGAAUUGGAGCAUUUUUCAAAUGGAUUCAACACAGACCUAGUUCGGGAAAGCGUUCGAGCCAUCGGGAGGUGUGCUGAAAGUGACACCAGCGCCUCCAAAAAAUGCUUACACAUUCUUCUAAGGCAGCUCUCGAGCGUUGAUGAAAAUUUAGUGUCAGAGGCAUUGACAGUGAUACGACACCUUAUUCAGCAAGAGCCUGCUUCGCACGAAAACACCGUUGUGAUGCUGGCGAAAAGGCUUGACACAAUAAUAGGCCCAGAAGCGAGGGCAACUAUAAUAUGGCUCGUGGGAGAAUUUGCAGGAUCAGACGUUGGGCGCAAUAUAGCCCCUGACAUCUUAAGAGUUUUGGCCAAAGGGUUCGCGGAUGAAUCUGAAAUGGCAAAACAGCAGAUCCUGCUCUUGGGAGCUAAGGUUUACCUUCACCAUCUCUUGCACAAGGCCAAUUCUCCCGAAGCGAUGCAGACACCUGAAGAGAAUCAGCAUGAUGGCAAUGAUGCCAAUGGUAGUGAAGAACACCCACCCCAAGAAGAUGCAAUCACAAUCCUUUGGCGUUAUAUCCUUCUCUUGGUGCGUUACGAUACCUCCUAUGACCUUCGAGAUCGAGCACGACUCUACAAAGCACUUUUAGAGAACCCUUCGUCAACAGAACUCGCCUGCUUGCUCCUCCUUGCCCCUAAACCGGUUCCGCACACUCCGUCACCCUCUCAAUCCAGGAGAGAUUUUGUUCUAGGCUCAGCUACCCUCGUCAUCGGCCCCAAUGCUGGUGUUCACGGCUUGGGCGGAUACGAAGGUUUGCCAGACCAGGUGGAGCUGGGCGCAGAACCGGACCCCAGACUCAGAGACGAGGAAAGCAAGGGAGGGCUUAGCGAGCGAGGCUAUGUCACGGCUGGUGAAAUCUUGGAUAGGGCGUUGCAGGAGCAUGGUAACGGUGUGGCGACUGGAGAUAAACAGAACGCCGCUGCGGUUGCCGGUCGAAGCAAGAACCUUACGCUGGACGACUGGCUGGCUGAGAGUGCGGAAGAGGAGGGAGAUGACUCAGAAGAGAGUACGGAAGAAGAGUCGUCCGAAGAGGAAGGAACUACUGACGAAGGCUCGGAUGAAGACGAAGACGAAGAUGAGGAAGAUGAUGAAGGUGAAGAGGAUACGAGUGAUGGGGGAGAGGAGGCUAGCGACGAUGGAGAAUUCCAGGCCGGAGGUCGAGACGAGCAAACGAGGUUGAUGGCGUCAAUAAGCCACUAA